AAACCCGGCUUCACACUUCCGGCUCGUUUCUUCACUUCCCUUGAAACUCCGCGUUGUCAUUUCCUUUUCCUUUUCCGCCAUUUUCCGCUACAUACGGAGUGAACAGUCAUGGCUCCCAGCCGGAAUGGCAUGAUCUUGAACCCUCACUUUCAUAAAGACUGGCAGAAGAGAGUGCGCACCUGGUUCAACCAGCCUGCCAGAAAGAUCCGCAGACGAAAGGCCCGUCAGGCAAAGGCCCGCCGCAUCGCUCCAAGACCGGUUGCUGGACCUCUUCGGCCAGCGGUCAGGUGUCCAACCAUCCGCUAUCACACCAAGGUCCGUGCCGGACGCGGGUUCACCCUGGAGGAGUUGAAGGCAGCAGGAAUCAACAAAAAGGUGGCCCGCACCAUCGGCAUCGCCGUUGACCCUCGCCGGCAUAACCGAUCCACAGAGUCUCUGCAGGCCAACGUUCAGAGGCUGAAGGAGUACCGCUCCAAACUCAUCAUCUUCCCCAGGAAGGCUUCUGCACCCAAGAAGGGAGACGGCACUGUAAGUGGCUUCCUUUAUGUUCUGCUGCAACUGAGGAAGUGUCCAUAUUUUCUGCAGGUGUACAAGAAAGAGAAGGCCCGCGUGAUCUCAGAGGACGAGAAGAACUUCAAGGCCUUUGCCACCCUGCGUAUGGCCCGUGCCAACGCCCGUCUGUUCGGCAUCCGUGCCAAGAGGGCGAAGGAGGCCGCCGAGCAGGACCCCGAAAAGAAGAAAUAAACCGUACUUUGUAAGAAACUGUCAAAAAAUAAAUG